UUGUUCUUGAUAGGCAAAGAGUGAGCUCCCUGCACAGUCCAAAUGGCAACCUCCAAAGCAUUUCUCUUCUUUUUUCUUCUUUCUACAUCCCAAGUCCUUUUUGUAUCUGGUACCAAAUUCGAAGUUGGAGGCAAGAGUGGAUGGGAGGUCCCGAAAUCGAAGAACGGCCAACAAAUGUACAACGAAUGGGCUUCGAAAAACCGGUUCAAGGUCGACGACGCUCUCUCUUUCAAUUACACGAAAGACUCGGUGAUGGUGGUGACCAAGGACGAGUACGAAAAAUGCCACUCUGCCCAUCCCAUCUUCUACUCCAACAACGGUGCAACUACGUUCACACUGGACCGGCCUGGUUUGUUCUACUUCAUCAGCGGAGUUGCCGGGCACUGCGAGAGAGGGCAGAAGAUGAUCAUCAAGGUCUUGGAGCCGGCAACCCCGCCUCAAUCUGCUGAUCAGAACGCAACGGACCCGUCGCAGCCGAAGCAUGGUUCGGCUGCAACGGCGGCCAUCUCCUCUGCAGCAACUCUUGUGUUCUGCAUGGUGUCAUUUGUUGUGGUCUUUUUCUUCUAGUUGCAGUGAUACGCGAUGGUUUUUAAUUUUCUGUGUUUUUCCGUACCCCUAAUCAGAUUUUGGUCUUUUGAGAUUAAAAGAGUGUAGACUUGAACUAAUUUGGGUUUAUGAAUUUUAAUCUUUUUUUUGGAAGUA